AUUUAAAAGUUUUAAGUCAGAUUAUAACCACCUUUAAUGAGUUUGACCUUGUAUAUGUUUGCCUGUGUGCUUGUGUGGUGACCGCUGUUCAGAGCAAGUGUCAGCACGGAUUGUACAGGAAGUGACAGCUGAGGCAGUGGCAGUACUGAAAGGAGAACAGGAGAGCCACAGGCUACCAUCAGUUGAAGACACAACCAACUUGCCUCCCUCCCCUCCACCCUCACCUGCUGCAGAACACUUUGAUCCUCUGGGACAAGAAGAGACCAUGGAGGCUCUUACAGCUGAAUACGAGGAGGAGUUGGAAGAGGAGGAGGAGGAGGAGGAGAGUGCAGAGGCAGCAGAGUCCGAAGCAGCUCUUGAUGAGCAGCAGUGGAGCGGGGAAGAACCUGAACUGGACAGUCCCCAAGCUGAGCCCUUAGAGCAGGCAGAGGCCAUAGACGAGGCCCAGGCUCUAGUCCUGGAGCAGGCCCGGGCAGCUAGUGCUGCUAAAGAAAGCUCUAAGGAGAGCGAGGAGGAGGAAGCAGAGGGUGAGGACAGCUCUGAGAAAGCUUUGAAGAUGGACACAGACAAACAGGGCAGUGAGAAAAGUGGUUCCAUGAGCCCAGACAGCAUUGGAUCAGAGAAACGCCCAGAAGAAGCUUUUGAGCCGCAGAUCCAAGGGUUCUUCGCAGGUGAACGAGUUGUACCCGAGAGUCCAACCAUGGACAUGCCCUCCUUUGUUCCUCCAAAUCUUCAAAAUCAAGCCAAAGAGCCAGCCAGGUCGCUCACCCUCCAGCCAACAUACAAUGAGCCCAUUACUGUGUCAGAGAAGCAGCCAUCUGUGGAAGUUGUGGAGUUCAGCAGCAUUGGAGAGCCAUCUGAUUUCUCUUCAUUGGGAGUCCAGGUUCAAGGAGAAGAUUCAAAAAAAAACACAGGGGACAGAUCUGGAAUGUCAGCAUAUUUUGAACUUCAGCUUUGGAGACUGAUGAGCCUCUUACACACUAAAGCAGAAGGUUAUUAUGAACUGAGCACAGCUGGUGAAGACAAAAGUAAAAUCGAUUCAGUUUCUCCAGAAGUCAGCUACAGCACACUGGCUGAAGCCAGGAUGAACCAGAAACUACAAAAAAUACAACAGAAAAUUCUAGAGUGUUCACAGUCCUGACAGGAAUAAUGAAUG